AUGGAUAAGAAAGCUCCUCAAGAUACGCCUGCUCCAAAGAGCAAUCAAGACGAUGAAUCCUUCAAAAAUGACACUGUUGUCAAUGCCACAGACGUUGAAAUCACCACCAAGUCACGCAUGUCAGCCAUCACAACAGUACUGACAAGCGGACUGGCUCUGUUCUCCGAUGGAUAUAACGCGCAGAUCAUCGGAUACAUGAAUCCUAUCUUUGCCAAGUUAUACCCAGACAGCUUCUCUAGCUCGAUCAAGACUCGACUCUCCAAUGCAUUCCUCAUCGGCGAGGUCCUCGGUAUGCUCUUCUUUGGCUACGCCAUUGAUAGACUUGGCAGACGGACUGGUAUUGUGUUUGCUACCUUGUUCCUGGUGCUGGGUAUCAUACUCGCGACUGCGGCACAUGGCAAGACUGAGCUGGGCAUGUUUUGGAUGAUGAUUGUUGGAAGAGGUGUCGCAGGAUUUGGUGCUGGUGGAGAAUACCCGACUUGCGGCACAGGCAGUACCGAAGCCUCUGACGAAACUUCCUUUGUUAGACGCCGACGCGGACUCUUAGUCGCUGCUGCAACAGACUUUUCCAUUGAUCUCGGAUUCGUUAUGGCAGGUGUCGUAGCAUUGAUCGUCCUCGCAGCGUAUCAUCAACAUGUCGGUGACGGUGUCUGGCGAAUAAACUUUGGCAUCGGAUUUAUCCUGCCAGUCGCUCUUCUGUUUCUUCGACUUCGUCAGUUUGACUCAACGCAAUACAAGAAACAUGCGAUCAAGCAUGACAUACCAUAUCUGCUCGUAAUCAAGAGAUAUUGGAAGCCAAUGCUUGGAACAUCACUGGCCUGGUUCUUUUACGACUUUGUGACAUAUCCAUUCGGAAUCUUUAGUUCGACAAUCAUUGCUACGCUGAAUCCCAACGACACCCUUCAACAGAAUAUUGGAUUUGGUACUGUUGUUAACUGCUUUUACCUCCCUGGCUGCGUUGUUGGAGGGCUACUCAUGGACCGCAUUGGUCGCAGACAAACCAUGACUUUGGGCUUUCUUGGAUGGACGAUUCUAGGCUUUAUCAUCGGUGGAGCGCUUUCCCCGAUCCAGUCCGUGUUCCCUUUGUUCAUCGUGCUGUAUGGCAUCUUCAACGCACUCGGAGAGAUGGGCCCUGGUGUCGCCACGUUUCUUUGUGCUGCAGAGUCUUUCCCAACACCUCUCCGAGGCCACUUCUUAGGCUUUGCGGCAGCAAUGGGCAAGGCGGGAGCGGCGAUUGGAACACAGGCAUUUACACCUAUUCAAGACUCUUUCUCCGAUAAGCAGCGAGGUAUUCAAGCGGUGUUUCUCAUCGGAGCUGCUUUUGCUGCUGUCGGUGGACUUGUUGCCUGGUUUCUGAUCCCAGACAAGGACAAGGAGCUUGAGAGCGAAGACGCACAAUUUCGGUUGUACUUGGAGCAGAAUGGAUACAAGGGAUCGUUUGGCGAAGCAUUGAAGGACUAG